UUUUGUGCUGUUGGCAAUAGGGGUGAAGUGAUGCUGCUUCUUUGGCCAGUUCGUGUGUGCUCGCUGCUUGCGCUGGCUGGGCAUGCAAAUUGCAGUUAGUUGUGCUGAUAACGCGUAACGAAUUACAUCUUGACGUUAGCAGAGUUAUAUUAUGUGAAGUGUGAAAUAUUUCUCGACAAAAAUCGGGAUUAUAUUAUAAACAUUAACAAAAAGUGAAAAUAUACAUUUCAAUUGCGUACUAAAUAUUGUUACUGUUAAAGAUUAUGAAUAUAUGAAGUUGUACAGAGUGAUAAUUGUGCCGUCGGUGACUUCAUUUCGUUUUCGGCUUGCAAAUUGUGUUAGUGUUUUUUCUUUCCGUUUAUUUUUGUGCAGUUCGGUGCAUCGCCCGUGGUAUGGUUGCUCGCCGCUACAUUUGUAAUUGGAAUCUCACUGUGAAUAUUGAUGAUUACAUAGACCGCGUGCAUACAUGAACUUUUACAAGCUGCCUCAGACCGACAUCAUAAACUCUAUGACACUUCGCGGCGAAUAUAAUUAAUAGAUUUUAUGUGCAUACAAGUAUAUGUGUACAUAUUAUAUAAAUAUAAUUGACUAUUGUGUGUACGUAAAACAGUUCUAAUUAUGAGUUGAUUGUAUUUGACGUGCAUAACAAGAUCUUGCGAUUACUCUGCAUCACUAUAUUAUAAUUUUUUGCAUGGUAUUUUAAUUUUUUUGCUGGAUCGUUCGGAAAUAAUUGCGGUAUUUACAUUUUGCUAUAUGCAUAAAUACACAAACACAUGGGUAUGCAUAGUAUAAUAAUGUUGAAAGAGGAGCUGAUUUCUGCUGAGGUACAUUUUCCACAGAGACAUUUGGAUUAAAUGAAGAGAGUGGACAAAAUAUUAUGUUAAAAGGUAUGCAACAAAGUUUUUAAGUGUGCCAGCUUGCCUUCGUUAACCUAGUUUUUGCAACAGUUGCGCGACUAUGUAAAAAUACAACAACUAUAACAUAAAUAGCAAACACACACGCGCCGAAGCUUCAAUAUUGUGAUGCUAAAAACAAAACGCUUGAAAUGCUGCGGCUCGUUGCUUUCAGGGAGUUCAAGUGAAUGCCGCAACAACGAUGCUCUCACACACGCAUACGCACACGCCAGCGUACAUUUACUUGUAUAACAGGAGUCAAAAAAAUUCAAUUCAAAGGAAAGUGCAAGCCGAGCCGCUGCAGCAGUAAGGGGCGGUGUUGCAGGCGCUCUCCCGACUUCCACUUGAUAUCAACACGUAAAAAACUGCAUAAACACAAAUCUGUUGCGGUGCUGCACUGAAAUUGCAUUUGGAAUUACAAAAAUUCGACAAAGCCUAACAAAGAGAAUUAAUCGAGGAGAAGAAAAUUUGGUUCCUAAUGCAUAAAACGGCAGGAAACGUAAAAUCGAGAUUAACACUUAAAAGGAAUCGCUAGCACACUGAAAGCACCGAAAAAUCGAAAAGGCUCUAGGAAGUCAGAAAUGCACCUUAGCAAAAGCAAAAGCAAACAGGCAACGGUAGAUAGAGGAGAGCAAGAAUAAAUACAACGCAGUCAAGUGUAAUUUUUUCACAGCAAAAAGUCAAUAGAAUAAGCACAUAUCUAUGCGAUAGUAACGGUUGUUAUACUAAAAGGAAAAUAAAUCCGAAUGGCAUAUAAAGCGUACGACAUUGAAGUCAGUGAAAUGUGAAAGAGCUAGUGACGUCAGUAGGCAGCGGCGAGCGAAGAAAAGAAGAGCGCAAUCUGGAAGUGUAGCAAAUGCGGUUGCAAUGGAUCCAGUGCAAAACUAGUUUUAAAGAAGUGUGACAGCACGUCACAACUCCGUUGUAAUAGAAAAAGUUUCGAAGCAAUUUUCUUCAUUUUUAAUUUUUCUGCCUGUGGCUUCCCAACAAAGUGUGGACUACAUAUAUUUGUUGCAGUUUCAAAGUGAAAAUUGAAAAGGAAGUAUUUGCGUCAAGCAACCAAUGCGAAUUAGUAGAAAGCGAUAUCGGGUAUAAGAGUUUAUGGAAUUGACAGCUAAUGUAUUAUGGUGCGUACUUUUAUUUACUAGUGGCAACAAAGCGUAAAAUUGGCCUAUCACUCGAUAUAUAGCGUGGACUAGCAAAGCAAAGCGCUGGGUUUUUUUGAAAAGUGUAAAUAUUUGAAAAAAAGUAAAUAUAUUAUAAUGGAAGUGAGUAAAGUUUAUAAACCGUGCGUUCAGGCUCUUCGGUUGGCAAGCAAUCGUGCAACAGUACAAUCAACGUGGCGCAAGAUGUUGCUAUUUAUUGGCAUAUUUUUCUUUAUACCAGACACCAGCACGGCUCUGAGCAAUGUGAGCGUCUCCAUACCUUCGGCCGUUAAACGUGGCGAUAACGCCAUCUUAAUCUGCAAUUACAACCUGGAAUAUGAAAAUCUAUAUACAGUUAAAUGGUAUCGUGGACGACGGGAGUUUUAUCGCUACACGCCGAAGGAGAAUCCAGCGUUGAAGAUAUUUCCGGCGAGUGGUGGAUAUUCGGUUGACAUGGCCGAAUCGAACGCCACACAUGUUUUUAUCAGAAAUCCCACUUCUGGCAAAUAUAGCUGCGAGGUUUCAGCCGACGCGCCUUCUUUCAAUACAUUUUUAGUUUCCGGAGAAAUGGAAGUUGUAGAAUUACCCACACAACGCCCGAUUAUAACUGGUGUUCAUUCUCGUUACCGUGUCGGUGAUGUCAUUAAUGGCAACUGCUCAUCCGACUUUUCAAAGCCAGCAGCGAAUUUAACUUGGUGGAUCAAUGAUAUGCAGGUGCCACCACAUUCAGUGCGCACAUUUGGUACUCAACGUCAUUUCUCGGAGAAUUUGGAAUCUGCGAUAGCGGAAAUCAAUUUUAUCGCCACACUGCAGCAUUUCAUCAAAGGUCGCCUAAAGUUGAAAUGCUCCGCUCGCAUUUACGAUAUUUAUGUGCAAGAAGCUGAGAAGCUUAUCGAAGAAGAUCGUCCGCGCAUCUUGGCCUCAGGCCGUUCGCCAGAGCUGAAUAUGUAUCCAUUUGAUCAUCUGUCGGAUACGGAAGGUUUCGAUGAACAUAACGAACUGUACUUGACACAUUAUAACAAUCACCCAUCAGCAGCACCGGGAGAAACGAAGGAAUUGGAGUCGCAGCUUCUCAAAGUGGCCAUUGCCUUUCUGCUCAUAGCCGCAACCAAUAGCCUUUUCCAACCCACAAUAGCAGCAAUUGCUCAAGCAGCAGAAGGAAGAUGUUUGCAGAUUGCGAAUAAAAGAAACGAAAAUGCCACCGAAAAUCAAUUUUUUUUACAGCAAUGCCAAAUAAGUACAGCAGAAAUUAAUUUAAAAACGAAAUGUGUCAAAGAGUGUGAACCGACUGUACGACGAAUGCUGUUUAAAACGCGGUGAUAAGUUACAGUAAAAACAUAAAAAGCAUUAGUUACAAAUAUACAUAAGAAUCGAUAAAAAUAUUUAAUAAAUAAAACAGUAUAAAGGAUUAUAAAUAAUAUAAGAACAACUUAAAAUAAGCCAAAUAAACAUAUAAAAUUGUGUUUAAAGUGAGCAGUUCAUUAUGAUCAUCAUUCGUACAUACUAAUCAAAUAAAAUCACAUAAUCAGCAUACAUACAUACAUAUAUGUCACGUAUUACCAUGCUUACCCAUACCCAAAAACUGAAAAUAAAAUUAAGCGGACGAUAAUGGAGAUCAUUAAGAAUAGUGAAACAAUCGCUUAGCUAAGAAUUAUACUGAAUAACAUCUAUUCUCGUAAGAAAGUAAUUGAAAGCACUGUGACAUGACAUUUAAAUUGAAGAUACCAAAUAAGAACCCAAUUUCACACGUGCCUUCACAGAGUAUUCGUGUAAUAUGUGCAGAUUUUAGACAGUAAAGCCUGAAGUUAAGAAUCAAAUCUAACAAGUCCGCCCACAAAAGCUCAUUCGCAACAGCUGUCACCAUCGAUAAUGCCGAAGGCCGCCAAUUGAGCAGAUAUGCGCGAAUAAUGCUAGCCAACAAAUUGUCUAUAAAAUCCUACAUAUAAAAGAGUAUAAGACCUACGUACAUUCAAGCCCACUGUUGGGUAGUUAAAAUAUCAAAAUGCCAGCGAGGCUACUAACAACAGGAACUCAUAAAGCACAGCAUAAUAAAGCUCUAAAUUGGCAUAAAGACAGAGCAAGUGGCAUGUGGACAUAUUGUGUGAGCAAACCAUCUGCUAUUUAUGCGUGUGAAACAUGGUUGAGAUGGUGUUUGGUACUGACGUGUCUGCUGACAAUCCCAGAUUUCAUUGCUGGACUCAAGGAUGUUUCGGUUACAAUACCACAAGCGGUGAAACGUGGCAGCAAUGCACAGCUCAUAUGCAAUUAUGAUAUGGAAAAUGAUACUUUAUACUCCAUAAAAUGGUAUAAGGGGCGGCGAGAGUUUUAUCGCUAUACACCAAAGGAAAAUCCGGCAAUGAAAGUUUUCACCAUGGCCGCCGGACUAAAUGUUGAGCGUAAUCUCUCCAAUCAAAGUCAUGUCGUGCUGCUGGCGGUGCCGCUCAACAUAUCCGGCAAGUUUACAUGCGAGAUUUCCGUGGAGGCGCCAACCUUUCAGACCGCCAUGGUCUCUGGUGAACUGGAAGUUGUGGAAUUACCAGAGGAGCAGGCUAUUGUUACGGGCAUCCAGCCACGUUAUCGUAUCGGCGAUUUGGUUGAUGGCAAUUGCUCAAUUAAGUACUCGAAGCCGGCUGCUAAUUUGACAUGGACUAUUAAUGGUAUUGUGGUGCCGCUGCAUCACAUAAAAACUUAUCAAAUUGAACGCUAUGAAGAGAACAAUUUGGAGUCGGUGGUGAGCGCGCUGCAUUUCAUGGUGACCACACAGCAUUUCAUUAAAGGACAAAUGAGGCUCAAGUGUACGGCCAGCAUAUUUGAUAUAUUCAAGGAGGAAAUCGAAAGUGUCAUCGAAGAGGAUCGACCACGCAUUAUGGCCUCCGGCCGUUCAUACGACAUGCAUAAUAAUUAUCCGUACGAACAGCAUGCGAGCGGUGAUGGCUUCGAGGAUCAUAACGAAUCAUUUUUAACAUAUUCAGCUGCCGACAUCACGUCUUCGGCAACAACCGUACAUGGCACGGCAGCAAGCGUCUAUGUGAAAGCACUAAAAAUGCAUUUGAAGCGACUUUGGACCGAUCUGAUGGCGGCAGCGGCAACAAUUCGGGCAACCAACAGUCAGCGGAGCGAAUCGGCAGUGGAGCUGGAGCUGAAGCUGGAGCACCGAUAUGUCAAAAGGAUAAGUGAAGCAAGCGAUGAUGAGAAAGAAAGUGCACCAGCGGCGGCAGUGAAGAACUUCGCGCGGUUGAAAAUUUCCACCGACACCGCGUAUGUUGCUUAUAUUUUUAUUGCCAUUUGCACGAGCGUCUUUCUAUGCGCACUGACACGCCAUUUUAUAAGCUGUCAAAGGAGCCAAAGGAAAUCCAGAGUAGUGACGACACCACGAACUACCGUCUCGACUGUAGCGGCACCAGUGGCAGAUUUCACUGCCACGGCGUUGCAAUCAAAGGUAAUAAUAACGGCAACAACAACAGCAAGACGUGUUGUAAAUGAUGGGGCAGCUUCCAUCUUGGCAGUCAAACGGACAUUGAAAGGACGAAAAUCCUUUCAUAAUUGCGUUGGAAAAAAUUUGAAAUCAUUGAGUGUACGAUUGGCGGGAUUUCCGCGGGCGCUGUGCCUGAUGUUUAUGCAGUGGGCGAAAGUAGCGGCGAAUCCAUUACAAAAAUUGGCAAAUCAACAACAGCAGCAACAGCAGCAGAAAAGCGCGUCAAUAUUGCGCAACCAAGCGCGCACACAGAGCAACACAACUCAACAGCUGUCGUUGACAGUUGCCGGUAGGAGCCCAUCAACUCCAUUACCAGCAACUGUGGCUGCAUUGACAUUUGACACUCCGGGUGUUAGCGCUGCCAUGCAUGCUGCAAUUGCCGUCUGCAACAACAUCAACACCAACAACGACGCUUACAACCGUGGCAGCAGGGGCGACGGCAGCGGCAAUCAAGCAAUUGCCAAUUUCACUAAGGACACGUCAAAGGAUCAAACAUUAUUGAUGAUGAUUGCACAACGUUUCGAUUGUCAACAUGUUGACGAUUUUGUUACACUCGCACACAGCUCGCUCAGUAAGAGGCAGGAGCAGCAACAGCAACAACAACAAGAACAACAGCGACUGCCACUGCUGCUGUAUGCAAUAAAAAGCGGCAAGGUGCUGUCGAAAGUCAAGGCGUUGCUGGCUAAUUGGCAAGCAAGCUGCGUAGCACCUCGUCCUUGCUGGAGCCACUGCUGAUGCCCGCCGGCCCAAGGCAAUUGUGUGCACCGCAUAGCUUAAACAGAAAUUAUAAUUACAUACCAUGAAUAGCUUAAUACCAAUAAAUAUACCAAAUAUGAAUUAAUAAUACUCCCGGAAGCGCCAUGUUAUCUCAGAAGCAAAGGCGCCAAUGCCAAACAAUAUGAUAAAUUAGUUUAGAGAUGUCUAGCGUUAAGGAAAUGUUGAUGUUGCUUUUUAAAUUCCAGAAGCAGUAAAAGUAAAAGCAAAAGUAAAUAUGUGUAAAUAAGGAAACUAUGUUAGGUGCGCGAAAGAGUUUUGAACCAAGUUGUGAAAAUGUGAAAUUAUUGUAUUGACUAAGGGUAAUGCCAAAAAUAGAUCUGCAUUUAGUAAUAAAUUAAGAAAACGUAUGAAAUGUAUACCAAAAACAAAAGACAAAUUAUCAGAAGAUAACAUGCGAAAAGCAUGAAAUUAUGUUGAACAUAAAGAUAAGAGUGUGCAGCAGCCAGUCAAUGCAAUAGCACAGUUUGUUUUAUAAAAUGUCAUCACUUAAAUCUAAGCUCAGCUACCAUUUGUUCAUUAAAGUUUUUUCAAUAUGAAACAAUUCUGCUAAUUGCCAAAUUGCCGAACUUUGCUUACUUUCAAGAAAGUAGAAAAUGAAAGCGGCUGUGCUAUUGCGUUGUUGGCGCUUAGAAAACUAGAAAAAACUGUUGUAAAUGUUGUAUUCAAUACACUUAAUAGUAUAAUAUAUUAGACGCUAAGUAUGUUAAAUGACAACAAAUUCGACAAAAAA